GGCCGCCGUAAUUCCGUAAAAGUGUAAAACGGCUGCCGCCCUAUACACAACUCCUCGUCUGUUCUAUACUUCUAUGUCUGGCCUCCUGCUACUCCGCUUCUGCUCCUCCACAACAACCAUUCUCACUUUCCGGUAGCCUAACUCGCCGUCUUCACCCUCCCUCCGGUGUCUCCGACGGUUUGGAGGACCGCAUUUCAGGCGGUGGAAGUUUGGAACAGACAUUGAAGAGGAUGGGAGCCUUCUGCAACGACGACUUCACUUCCCUUCCGGCAUACAAUUUCACGUCGUUCCGAGAUCUGCGAUUCUCGAAGCAAGUCCAUGAUAACGUUCAUGGUAACAUCUACGUUGACCCGCUCCUUUUGAGGUUUAUUGAUACAGAGCAAUUCCAGAGGCUUCGUGAUCUUAAACAACUAGGUGUGGCAAACAUGGUUUAUCCAGGAGCUGUGCAUUCAAGAUUUGAGCAUUCACUUGGAGUUUAUUGGCUAGCUGGCGAAGCUAUUCAUAAGCUUAAAAGCCACCAAGGAUCAGAGCUUGACAUCGAUACUUUUGAUUUGCAAACAGUGAAACUUGCAGGUCUCCUGCAUGAUAUUGGGCAUGGACCGUUUAGUCAUAUGUUUGAACGCGAGUUUCUUCCUAGGGUCUCUAGUGGCUCAGAGUGGUGUCAUGAGCACAUGUCAGUGAGGAUGAUAGACCAUAUUGUUGAUGGGCACCAUAUCGAUAUUGACUCAGAAAUCAUUAAAAGAGUUAAGGAAUUGAUUCUUGCCAGUUCCAAAUAUGCUUUGCCAAGAAGUUCUAGAGAGAAGCAGUUCUUGUAUGAUAUUGUAGCGAAUGGAAGAAAUGGGAUUGAUGUUGACAAGUUUGAUUACAUUGUUAGAGACAGCCGGGCAUGUGGGCUGGGAUGCAAUUUCCAGUUUCAAAGAUUGACGGAGACAAUGAGAGUUAUGGGAGAUGAAAUAUGCUACCGCGCCAAAGAUUAUUUAACAAUACACAAGUUAUUUGCAACACGGGCUGAUCUGUACAGAACUGUCUAUACUCAUGCCAAAGUGAAGGCAAUAGAGCUCAUGGUUGUAGAUGCACUGGUGAAAGCAAAUGGUUACUUGCAUAUAUCAUCUUAUAUAGAGGAUCCUUCUGAAUAUUGGAAGCUAGAUGACACAAUAUUAAAAACUAUCGAGACAGCUCCCAACCCAGAGUUAAAGGAAUCUAGGGAAUUGAUCAGCCGAAUUAGGAGAAGGAAUUUGUACCAGUUCUGUAAUGAAUAUGCGGUUCCCAGAGACAAAAUAGAAUAUUUCAAAGAUGUCACCGCAAAAGAUAUUGUUUGCUCUCAGGUAGGUGCAGGGAAGUCUCUUGAUGAGGAUGAUAUUUCUGUAAGCAAUGUAAGGAUAGAUUUGACGCGUGGAAACCACAACCCUCUUGAGAACAUCAAGUUUUUCAAGGACUAUGAAAGUGAGGAGAAAUUCUCAAUAUCGGAUGAUCGGAUCAGCCAUUUGCUGCCAACAUCAUAUCAGGAUAUGAUAGUGAGAGUUUAUUCCAAAAAAAUGGAACUGGUAGGGGCCGUAUCAGAAGCGUUUGAGAAUUUUCAGCUGAAGACCUAUGGAAUCAAAGCUCAGGUUCAUCCAACCCCCGAGAAGAAAAAACGCCGCCGCAUAGAUGAUAAGUUAGUUUAGUCGCUCGCUCCCAUUGGUGUCUCUUCCAGAUCAGGUAUAUAGUUGCAUAAGUAUAUGCUGUGUGUGAUUUGAAAAAAGGUCUUGUCAUUUGAGCAAUUAGAGUUUUGAUUUGUGUAAAAUUAGGCUUGAAAUGCUCGUUAUAUAAUAUUUUGAUAUUAAUAAUGAUGUUAAGAGACUAGAGGAGGUUGGUUGAUUAGUUAAGUCAACUUUGGAUAGUUGAGGGAUGAAGACCCUAAUUUUCAAAAGCACUAUAAUUCCCAGCUUGGAAAAAGG